AUGCCCGGGUCGCCGCGCCCCGGCACGCCGGCGCCGCAGGAGGAGGACGACGGCGUGUACCGCUCCCUGUUCCAGCAGCCCGUGGUGGACAUCCCGCCGGCCGCGCCGUCCUACGCCUGGUUCGAGUUCCUGCUGCACCCGGAGGCGCUCCAGAAGCACCUCACGACGCUCCGGCAGCAGCGGAAGCGCGACGUUCACAGCACCACGUCGGCCAUCGAGCUGGUGCGCGAGUUCCUGGACCAGGCGCAGCUCGUGGCGGACGAGGGCAACGUGCGCAACAAGCGCUACAGCGCGCUGCUGCUGGUGGCGGCCCAAGUGGCGCUGCAGAUGCAGCUGUCGCUGGCCGCCAUCGAGGAGGCGCUGCCCCUGCACUUCCAGCGGCUGCUGCUGGACGGCAUCGUGGACUUCGCCGAGCAGCCGCCCAGCGCGCGCAGCGAGUUCACGCGGGACGUGACGCUCCGGCCCUACGAGGCCCACGUGCUGCACAACCGCUGGACGCUGCGCGCGCUCGUGAACCAGUCGCAGAACGGCUACCUGACGUGCAGCACGCGCGGCGAGGGCGAGGAGGUCUCGUCCACGUAUCAGAUGGCGCUGGGCGAUCUCAUGGCCAGCCACCUGCAGAUCGCGCAGAACAUUCAGACGAUCCUCAUGAACGACGACAAGCAGAAGCUGUCGGUGCAGACCCAAGUGGAGACGUACUACGACCUAGGGGUCUACUUCUUUAGCUUCAACGGCUUCGAAAAGGCCUACAGCUGCUUCAGCCGAGCCUCGGAGCUGGUGGAGGACGGGGAGAACGGAGACGAGAGUAUGCAAGAGGGAGGCAAUGCCAAGCUGCCAGCGGACGACCGAGCCAAUCUGGAGGGAUACCUCGCGGCGUGUGAGGCGGUGCUCGAGGUGCAGUCUGUGAACGAGAGCCCUGCUGUGCUCAAGACCCCGAAGUUGCAGAUCGAGAUGGCGUGGGAAGGCCGAGACUGGGACAAGGUGAUCCAACUCCUAGAGAACGACAUUGUCGCGUCCGAGCUGACGCGCCUGCCGCAGGGGUAUCGGGCAGCGCUGGAGCAACAGGCGCUUCGCCUAUUGCGCUCCAGCAGCAACAACUUGAUGGGGGACGACCCGCACGUUGCCACCCCCACCAUUCGGCUUUUCUACAAGCGCAUUGUGAUUGAGAACGCUACCUGCGUCUCCGUGUGCAUCGGCCAGCUUCAAGACGAGAUUUUUCAUUCA